AAAACCAUUGAAAUGUCUAGAGCUAGCUGUGUUGCUAAAAUCUAAGCACCGGUAAACCCUCCAAUCAAAUGACGCCUAAACCUUUCAACUUUCCCGCCAAACGCACGACCGCCCUUCUACUCCUAGGCGCCGCCGCCGCCGCCGCCGCCGCACACUCCGAUGUCCCCAUUCCUCUCUUCACAUUCUCUGCCAACACAAUCGGAGCCGAAAUCCACGGCCUCGUCCGUACCGCUCGCGCCGUCUCCACCGUCGCUUCCACUGUUGUGGACUACGAAAUAUCGCUGCGCGGCCUUCAAAAGGACUCCGAUCAUUAUCGUCAAGUGAUUUCCCAGGUUCAUCUACGCUCUGCCAAGAGGUUUCUCAAGUUAUGCGAAGCCAACAAAGGGUUUUAUGUGAAGGCUGGACAGUUCGUUGCUGCGCAGAAAGUGCUUCCGAGAGAGUACACUUCAACUUUGUCUUCAUUACAGGACCAGGUUGCUCCUCUUCCAUUUAAAGUUAUUAAGGAAGUUUUAAAGGAUAAUCUCGGACCUGAUUUCUCUGAGAUGUUUUUGUCAAUUGAUGAACAACCUAUAGCUGCUGCGUCUAUUGCUCAAGUUCACCAUGGAGUGCUGAAAAGUGGUCAUGAAGUAGCAAUCAAGGUGCAAUAUCCUUGGAUAGAGCAGCAGAUGAAUUUUGAUAGAAGAACAAUGCAUUUCCUAUCAAAAACUAUUGCAUUGUUGUACCCUCAAUACAGGUUUGAAUGGCUACCGUUGGCAUUUGCCCAAUCCGUCUCUUCAGAACUUGAUUUUGUUCAGGAGGCAAGGAAUUCUGAGAGAGCAGCCAGAAAUUUCAGAAACAACCAAAUGGUCAGAAUUCCUCAUGUGUUCUGGGAGUUGACAACAAGGCUAGUCCUAACCAUGCAGUUUUAUAAAGGACGCAAGAUUGAUGACUUGGACUUUCUGAAUCAGAUUGGGGUUGAUCCAGAAAAGGUGGGAAAAUCACUGAUUGAGCUGUUUGCUGAAAUGAUAUUUUUACAUGGUUACAUACAUGGUGAUCCACACCCUGGUAAUAUACUAGUUUCUCCUGAAGGUUGUAAUGGCUUCUCUUUGGUUCUUCUAGAUCAUGCAGUCUACUGGGAAUUAGACGAAGAAUUUCGAAAAGAUUUCUGUCAGUUAUGGGAAGCUUUGAUUCUCAAGGAUUCAAAGAAAAUAAUGUGGCUUGGUGAGCGAUUUGGUGCUGGGAAGUAUUCUAAAUACUUACCCAUCAUUUUCACCGGAACAACAAUCGAAAGCAAACAUGCUGUUGGAAUAUCAGUCAAGGAAAAAGAGACCAUGAAACAUGAAUUGAAAUCUCUGUUGUUUGAGGACUUAUCUUCAUUCAUGGAGUCUCUGCCCACAGAUUUUGUUGCUAUAAUGCAUGUAGAUGCGCUGUUAAGGUCCAUCGUUAGAAACAUGGAUGUCCCACGGAUCAUGAGGUUGCUAACUUACACCAAAUACGCAGUGUAUGCUCGUAUCUGUCCAAAGUUGGAUGGUGAGGGUGAAUCUUGUAAAAUGCUCAUAACAAAUUUCUAUUUUGCUGUGAAAGCUGGUUUUUUCGGAUUCAUAUCAACGUUAAAAUAUCUUCACAUCCUAAUACAUGUCCUUAAAGGGGUCAUUGGCACUACCCCUUGGCGGCAGAAAUUGAAGAAUGUACAGAAUUACUUGUAUAGUAAGAUCAGUUGCGACUCCUGGGACCUUCUGGUGCAUGCCCUUUUUCUUAUUUUAUGUGUGCGUCCGAAUGCAUUAUUUUGAACAUUGAAUUCAUGUCUAGAGCUAAGGCUCGUUGGACGGUUUAGCAUCCAUCCUCCUACAUGAGUUGAGGAGA